UGCAUGCCUAGUAGCCUGGCCUAGCCGACUAAGGACCCGUCGCUCUUUCAUGAUACCCAACAAGCUAGACAAAUUUGUCUCUAAUUCCAAUAACCUACAACGCCCAGCUCCACCCGUCCCCUCCAAUUCCCGGUUUUUCAAAAUUGCAGGAAAAUUCAAUCCCCGUGAUGUCCCUCCUCGCCCAAAAGAUACUCCACUGCCAUCCCCAAACAAAUCAACCAGCUCAUCUUUAAUAUCCAACCCUGAAUUUCCUCCUUCUGGUCCAGCUCAUUAUGAUGCUCGUCGGGCUCUCUGGCUCACUCCCACGAAAGUCCGUCAUCGCUCUCCUCCAUCCUCGUCUCGUCAGAGAUUAGAGCAGCUUCUUAGUGAGCCAGGUGCCGUCGAUAGUGAACAAGCUUGGAAGAAUGGAAUUGAGAAAGUCUGGAAAGGUCUUGUAAAUGGUGGUCGUUUGAAACGCAGUCUUCCCUUAACUCUCGUAAUCAAAGUCAUCCAUGCUGGUUGGCUCAGAGACCCUGAUACUUGGCCUUCUGGCGCAGUAGCCCCAGAUUCAGAUCAGGAUCUUGCAGCAGACCAGCCUGGACCUUCACCACCGGUUACCAUGAACCUUAACUCCCCCAAUACUACCUCUGAAGGAAUGUCAAGUGAGGUCAAUGAAAUCAAACCUUCUGGACUUGUAAUAGCUGCGACCUAGGUGUAGGAGUGUUGUAUCUUGGAAUGAAUCGCUUCAUGUAUUACCCCC